UAAGUUUGGAGGAAGGUCAGUGGGAAACUGCCUGUCAACCUAAACUCACUUCAUAUUUUUGCUCCUCUCUGUUCUACCAUAACAUUUUUUUUUUUUAAUUUCAAUUUCAAAACCAAGAAGUGUUUACAUGUCUUACAAUAGUAACCAGCACCUCACUACGUCGGAGAGUGAUCUUUCCGAGCAGCCCGGGUUCGAGUUUACGGAUUGGAUGUUUGAUGGGUGGCUGAAUGAAAACUCUUCGUCUCUGACUGACUCGGUGAUGUACCCAGUUUAUCAAGAGGGGGAGGUUGAUGAGUUUGUUGGGAACACCAUUCAGCAAGGAGAGCCUAGCAGCAGAGACUAUGGGAGAGAGAGGGAAAUUAGAGAAAGAUUUGCAUUCAAGACAAAAUCAGAAGUUGAGAUUUUGGAUGAUGGUUUCAAGUGGAGGAAAUAUGGGAAGAAGAUGGUGAAGAACAGCCCAAAUCCAAGGAACUACUACAAAUGCUCAGUCGAAGGCUGCCCAGUGAAGAAGAGAGUCGAAAGAGAUCGAGAGGAUCCAAAAUACGUGAUAACGACGUAUGAGGGUGUUCAUACUCAUGAAAGCUCUUGAUUUGUUUAUUUUUACAUAAAAACUUUCAAUGUUUAAUAAGAAAUUUGGAUUUAGCGUGGGGAAAUUGAAACAGUAAGAAAAUUAAUAGGUUGAUAAUACCAAACAGCAUCAUUGUCACUGUUACAUA